GUUUAAUUUUGUUCAUCAUCAUGACGGACCCAGUAAACUGUGUAAAGCAGUUCUUCCAGGAAAACACCCAUGCUUUGGCUCUGUUUGGAGUUCUGGGAAUCUACACAACUUACUACUACUUUAGAGUGGUGCAGAAACCUAAAAUCUUCGGUAAGGAUGGGAAGUUUCUGCAGUUCGUUGGACGGCACAUUCCGAUGUUGAGGGAGCCCUUCAGACCUACCUUCUGGUGUUUCAUCCAUCAGUUACAGACCAUCGGUCCAGUCUUAAUGAAGUUCUUAACCUCCAUGGAGUACCGAAGUGAGAAGUUGAAGCUAUCUGAUGGGGGUGAGAUCAUCAUAGACUGGAUGGAUAAUAACGAUGACGUCAAACACAGUCAGUCUACUCGACCAACUGUUCUUGUACUGCCAGGAAUAACAGGUUCAAGUAAAAGCCAUUAUUGCCUCAACAUGAACAAUACAUUAAUGAAACAUGGCUACCGGUCUGUGGUGUUCAACUACAGAGGCUUAGGAGGUGCCGUCAUCAAGACACCGAGGACCUAUUGUGCUGCCAACACUGAAGACCUAGAGUAUGUCAUCAAACAUGUCCAAGGUUUAUAUCCAGAGGCACCCAUCAUAGCUGUUGGCAUCUCUAUUGGAGGGAUCAUUUUGUUUAACUACCUGGCUAAGGCUGGCAAGGAGACACCGUUGAAGGCAGCCAUGACAGUGUCUGUUGCUUGGAACACCAUGAAGUCCACCGAGUCACUCGAGACUCCUGUCAACCUCAUCCUCUUCAAUCGCUUCUUGGCACGAGAACUAACUCAAGUGUUAGCCAAGAAUGUUCACAUAUUUGAAGGCCAUAUUGACACUGACUAUGCCAUGCAGGCGCAGACCAUUAAGGAGUUUGAUGAGCGAUUUACAACCAAGGUGUUUGGUUACAAUGAUGUGGACCAUUACUACAACGAGGCCACUCUACAUAAUAAAGUACAUCGUAUUGGGAUACCAACUUUGUGCUUGAGCGCCGGUGACGAUCCCUUCGCCCCACUGGAGACCAUCCCGAUGGACGACGCCAAAGAACAAAGCAACAUUGCUCUUGUUGUGACAUCAUAUGGCGGCCAUGUUGGAUUCACAGAAGGAUUUUUUCCGAAAGGUAACGGGUACAUGCUCAGACUCUUUGACCAGUUUAUACACGGCUUCUUCCAGCAUGGUAUUAAAGAGGUAUUGAUGAGUACGAAUUAGCAUAAAUUAGCAUAUUUGGGGAAAGCUCCAUUGAAGAUUUCCGACUUUCGCCACAAAAACUCGGAAAUUAUACAUCUUUUCCUCCAGUGGGUGUGUUUACAUUGAAUCACUUUAGUCAUUUUAAAACUUAAAAGGAUGACUAGUUUAUCUGCCUGGGGCAGUCAGCAGCCCUAUUGGUUUAUGCACGAUCCAAUUAAGUUGACUGUUAGGAAAAGGAAUUACAUGGAGAUAACAGGUGUUAGUUGUCAGAUGAAAAGGAUGUUUUAUUUUAGCCAGUUUCUUUAAUGGAGCUUUCCUGUAAUGGAUACAUUACAAAUUUGAAUAUUUUUGUACUAUCUUUGAAUACUUGGGUGCGACGCUGAACGAAAGUUCAAAGAAGUGUAAAAGUGCUUUGGGUACUGGUUUUUAUUUUUUAGGGAUAAGUGAUCUACCCUCUCAAGUUAGGGUACAAAAGUUAAGACAAGGAAGGGGGCUAAGUUCAUAGAGUUGUUGGAAUUGUGACUUCUCAUGAUCUACCCUCUAUGGUUAAGGUUAGGGGGUAUAAGGGUUAGGAUAAGCAUAGGACCCUUUUUGAACUGACUAGAUUUGGCUUUGGAUUCGGCUCAGGCUAGCUUGGCCCGCAGUUGUUUGACAAUUGCGUCUGCUUUGCCUAUAUGCGCCCAGGGUUUCAGACGAGAUGACAGAGCCUGAAGCCGAUUCCAAAGCCAAAGCCGUGGUUUUGAAAAAAGGCCAUAGUCCUUGCUGUAUGGGACGAGGAAGGGGUGUUGGUACAUAGGUAUGUGGGUAUAUAGACGUGUGGGUACAAAGGCAUGCGAGUACACAGGCGUGUACAUGUAACUGUGGGAAUAUUAGCUUCAACACAGAGCAGUCGCUGAAGAAAAUAGCUGGAUUUUGUCUCCAGGCGGGCGUAAAAAAGUCUUAAUACAUCCCCACGUUUUGACCAAUGAGAGACUGGAAACUGUCCAAGGUAUUUAUUAAUAAUAAUAAUUAGUUUACCCGCUGCUAAAAUGUAGGAGUCAAACUGCCUUUAGCUACCACUGGCAAUCUUGAGCAGUGUCUUAACCAAUUAGACCACCGAGAUCGCAUUUGGUUAGAGAGGGGACUGCAUGGUUUACUGAUAGUAUUUUGGUUCAGGCUUAGCAAUAAAAGUCUGCAGUUUCUCAUCCCUGCCUUUAUAUUCCCAUGUUUUUUAAGCAAACGAAACGUGCUUGAGGAUCACAUACAAAUGUAUUAAUAAUAAUAAAUAAUAAUAACAUGCAUUUAUAUAGCGCUUAAUACAAGGUUUCUAAGCGCUGAACAGGAAGUGUAUGAUAACAAAAGAAAGACAAUUAAAAGUGGGAUGAAAUAGCAGAAACUGAACAGACUAGAUGGAUUUAUAUAAGUGUGUUUUUAGAGCAGUUUUAAGUGAGUCUAGUGAAGAUGAGGCACGGAUAUGAACGGGGAGAUUAUUCCAAAAAGUGGGAGUGGUGAUUGAGAAGGAGCGGUUUCCAUAGCGAGUGCGAGGGAUAGGACCAGAGUUGAAUUCUAGGUGGGCGGUAGAAGAUGAUCGGAGAACACGAGUUGUAGGUUGAUUUUUGGGAAUAAGUAAUUCUGAGAUAUAUUUAGGGGCUAGACCAUGUUUAACUUUGUAGGCAAGAGUGACUGCAGGACAAGUUAAGACUUUGUUACAGUAGGGUACAAAAGUGAAUUUUUAAGUCCAUGAAAACAAAUUCUGGCAGUCGGUCAAUAAAAAAAGUACGAUUUUUUUUCUAAAUUUAUUGCCAAAAUCAGCCACUUUAAUCAAUUACUUAUGUCUUUCAGUGAAUGAUUUUUAUUUUAAAAAGAGUAAUCUUAAAUUUCAGAAAAUGUCAGUACUUUAUUAGUCUAUGUUGUGGGAGUGUGACAAUACUGUAAUAAUCAUGUUGGUGGUGAGAAAUUUGUUAUAAAAUUUGAAAUAGUAAAAGGAUAAUGGUGAAAUAUUAGACAGUUGUUCAUGUAAGAUAAUGAUACGUGUUCAUGUGGUGUAUUUAAUAGAAUUAUAGUCAAGGUGAAUAAGGGGUACAUGUAAGUGGUGAUGUUGGGGGG